AAGAGUCAGAAGCUGUCCUUUUUUCUUGUCCAACUGAACCUCUUUUUGUGAGAAAGAAGCCACAAGGCACCAAGCUCUGAUCGACAAAUAUUGAGCAACGGGAAGCAGUGUCUGGGCGCAUACCAAAAAGAUUGUAAUCAGGAAACAUAUACGCAACAAUGAGACGUCUCGUAGCAGCUGUAUGUUUUUUGGUAGCGCUGCAGCAUGGAGAAGCUAGUUCUAUCAGACGCCUCAAAGGGCACAACAGGAAGCUUCAAACAAAUUCAGUUACGCUGACGAGACCACCAGAUCCUAAACAAAGCCAAGAGGCGAAAACCGGCUCAAAGGCACCCACGAAGCAACCAUCCACAAAGGCUCCAACCUCCAAAGCGCCCACUGGGUCGACUGGAACCAAAUCACCAGUCGCGUAUGCUGCUACCAACGAUAUAGUCUAUGACCAUUGGGUAAGCCCGUCGGAAGAUUACGACUCUAAUGAUGCCGCUCCCAAAGGAGGCGGUGGCGGAGGAAACAAGCAGAAGGAAGAAGAAAACCGCCCUCCAAGACCAUCUGGAACUUCGCCCGAUACGCAGCCAAAGGGAGGCGGAGGAGGAAAUAAAGGCAGUGGUGGAGGGGGCAACAAGAUAAAAGGCGUGAGUGGCGCUGCAAAAGGUUCGCAGAAGGGAGGAAGCAGUGGCAACAAGACGAAUAACAAACAGAGUAGCAACACGAACAAGUACAGCAAAGAUACGGGAGGAUACGAUUCACCUGAUGGCGGUAGCUAUGACAACUUUCCCGUUGGACCCGGAAACAAGGCGAGUGGAGGAGACUACAAGAGUGCUGGAUACAAUAGUGCUAGCUACAAGAGCGGUGGUGGCAACAAGGGCGGUGGCGGCUACAAGAGCGGUGGUGGCAACAAGGGCGGCGGCGGCUACAAGAGCGGCGGCGGCGGUGGAGGGAAGGAAUCGUCAUACAAGGGGGGCGAUGACAAAGAGCCUGAUUACAUCCGUCCUGGAGGAGGAGCAGGACCAGAGGCUCCUGAGGUACCUGGUUAUGUGAGCGCCGGUGGCACCCCUUACACCGGAGUUCCGAUCAGCCGAUUUGCGUUGCUAUAUGACAUUGAUCACAGCCUGGGAAUGCCAAUGACGGCUGACUACGAGCAAGUCCACGAGAAUACCUAUCUUUGGUUGUACACUGUCAUGUUCCGUGCGUUUGGAGAUCGGAUGAGAAAUCUCAUUACUGACGACACCAGCAACAUCUAUGAAGCGAAUCAGGCCAUAACAAUUGAGUAUUCAUCCGUCGCUCUCUUUGAACCCACUGACCCAGACAUUCCAACCAGGGACGAACUGGAUCAAUUGGUCAUAGAGGCCUUCACGGGAGAAAACUUGGACUUUUAUGUUGAGAGCCUACAAGGUCUGCCCGAGGAGAAUCCAUUCAGUUCUACGACUUCUGUAGAGCUGGAGCAACCACCUCCCGGUGAAGGCAGAAGCGCCAUAGGAUCUAUCUCCAGUAGAGUUGCAACAGAGGGUAUGCUUCCGCCGUUCAUGGCCGCAGCAGCAUUCUUUGUUGUACUCGCAGGAAGUGCAGCAGCAUGGAGAUCAUCGAGGAGCGGUGGCAACAGGGAAAGCGGAGGCGGCAAGCAUUUCGACACCUACAGCAGAUCAGGCGAUACAGCUGUAACCGGUCUCGAUGACGACUUCACAACGGUUGGCCCGCUAUCCGAAAAACGAAGCUGGGACUUGCACAUUCAGGAAGAAUCGCUCAAUCAACCAAAUCUUGCGCCAAUCUCUGAGGAGCCUAUGGACCCCGAUCUCGCUCCCUUUAGUGAUUUCUUUGAUGCACCUAACUCGCCAACACGGUCCACUACAGAUGAGCACUCACAGUACUCUAUUGAAGACUUUGUCAACGAAGCAGAAAGGAACCUGCUGGGCGUUCGGAUUCGAUAUCCCGGUGGUCAAGACACAGCAUCCACCAGCAGCCUGAGCGCUGAAACAAACAGGACAGAAGAGCUCGAGACGUCCACAGCUCUGGUCCCCGCGCCUCCCUCAGCAUUGAUCCCAUUGUCAACUUCCACUUCCACCGCCAUCGUUCCGACUUCCGCAAGGGAUAUGGUGACCUAUACAACCAUUUGAUAGCUUUUCUAGCUAGCUUUGCGAGAACAUUCCCUUGGAGUGGACCCAACGGAAUCUACUAGUUUUCAUUAAUAUAAGUACAACUGUAACCAAUAUAUGUUCACCAUGUUCG